AUGGUUCCUUAUGGCAUAAACAUUUGGGCGAUACUUCAAGUUGCUAGUGAGCAGAUUCAAGUUAAAAGUGAAGAUUCAAUAGAUGAUGAACAACCUGGAAAGGUUAAUGAUGGAUCCAAACUCCCGAAGCGUCAACCUUGUCCAGCUGCAGAGAGAAAAUUCUUAACUUUAGAAGACUCUAGUGAAGAUGAAGAUGGUUUGCCCAUAAGUACUGGAAGGAGAAAAAUACAUUCCAAAGUUGUUGAAACUAAUGAAAACCUAGAUAGGCAGCUAAGAGAGGAAAAUGUUGGAGAAAAACCAGCAGAUGAUGAAAAGUGCCAUUCUGCAGGUUCAAAACGGAAGAGCGAUGCUUUUGCGCUAGACAAAAAUCAGAAUAAGAGUGUAUCUAAUACACUGAAUUUGCAAAAAGAUUCAUCUGAAAAAGGUCUUGAAAAUAGUAGGAAAUCAAAGAAGAAAAAAGAGAAAGGGAUGAUGAAACAGGGUCCUGGAUCUGGGCCUGUCAUGCCAAUUUAUAAUGCAUCUAACGAUGCUUGUAAUUCUCAAGAUCAAAGUGGACUGGAGCAUGGUGCUGAGGAUGUUGAAAAUGGUAACACUGCAGUUCCCAAGAGUGCAGCAAACCGCAGUGUUUUGGAAGUUGAAGAGGUUAAGAAACAGAAGAAUAAAACGAAGAAAAAGAAUACUGCUGAAACUGAUCAAAACAUAGAUACCGACCAGUCCAAGGUGGCAAGCUCAGGUAAUAAAAGAGAGUUGGAAGAGGUUGCAUUCUUGGAAGAUCAUGCAGAGGGGCCACCUAUGAAAGGAGCAAGAACCUUCCCAAAUGGCAUGAUUAUGGAAGCGAUAUCUAUGGGUAAACCGAAUGGAAAGCGAGCCUCCCCGGAAUGA